UUGUCAACUUCAUUCGAGGAAGUGGGUAGGAGAGGCAACUCAAGCGACAGAGAAGAGUUUGUUGUGUAUUCCCCGCAUAGAGAGGAUAAAACAGCCCCGCACCCUUUUCAAAAUGUCGGGAUUUGAUAGCAACCCGUUCGCAGAGCCUGCCAGCGACAACCCUUUCAAUGAUCCCUCUGUGACACAAGUGACCAACUCCAACAUAGAACCAGUUGACCAGUACAACCCUUUCCCUGCCCAGUCUUCAGAUGGCCUCGCCACUCAUACAACUCCAGCCUCCACCUCUCCCUACCAGCCUGCUGUGUUACAGCCGUCUACAGAGCCCAGUCCACAGGCGACUGCUGCUGCAGCCCAGGCCAACCUGCUGAAGCAGCAGGAGGAGCUGGAGAGAAAAGCUGCUGAGCUGGACCGCAGAGAGCAAGAGCUCCAGAGCAGAGGCCCGACAGGUAAAGAGAACAACUGGCCUCCACUUCCCAAAAGCUUCCCCAUUAAACCAUGUUUCUACCAGGACUUCUCAGAGGAAAUCCCCCCCGAGUAUCAGAGAGUCUGCAAGAUGAUGUAUUAUCUCUGGAUGUUCAGCUGUAUGACUCUGUUCCUCAAUCUGCUGGCUUGUCUGGCUCACUUCACCACUAACCCGUCGUAUGGUGUGGAUUUUGGCCUCUCUAUUCUCUGGCUCAUCCUGUUUGCUCCCUGCUCCUUCCUCUGCUGGUACCGGCCCGUCUACAAGGCCUUCAAGACUGACAGCUCCUUCAGCUUCUUCUUCUUCUUCUUUGUGUUUUUCUGCCAAGUGGUGAUCUUCAUCAUCCAGGCUGUAGGCAUCCCUGCUUGGGGUAACAGUGGUUGGAUCAAUGCCUUCACUGCCUUCCGUGCGAACAAGGCAGUGGGAGCCAUCAUGGUCAUAGUGGCCAUCCUCUUCACCAUAUGUGCCGUGCUGUCCAUCGUCCUGCUCAAGAUGGUCCACAGCAUGUACCGCCGGACCGGGGCCAGUUUCCAGAAGGCCCAGCAGGAAUUCUCACAGGGGGUCUUCACCAGUAAAACCUUCCAAACAGCCGCCGCCGGUGCAGCUUCCUCUGCUGCCCAGGGAGCCUUCCAGGGAAACAACUAAUGGUAGAUUGAGCUAACAUAAGCUCCAUUUAGCAGGUCAAGGUCUAUAUGUUAUCAGGUCUAGAUGAUGAACUAAACUAACGCUGAAUCAUUGAGGAAGUUGAGGCUCACUGAGAACUUUGUCGGCACCAAAGUUGCAUUGAUCCUUCCUGGAAGUUAUUGGUACUCUAGGAGCCUUUUUGAGCCAGUGGCUGCAAAAUUACGAUCUAACCUUAUAAUCUAUAGACCUUGAGCUAGGUGAGGCUACAAUAUUAGCCUCCCUCCUUUCACCCUCGCCAUCAAUGCACAUGUAAUUCCCCUCGUUAACUUCGCUUUUCACAUUCAGCAUGUCUCCUGCAGAGUGACUUUGUCCAGCUCUGUUUGGGUGUAAAAAGCAAUCCAGGGGGAACGUCACACAUUAGGUGCAUUUAGAGGUGGAAAGCAUGAAUGAAGUUGACAGUGUGUCUUUGCUUUGUAUAUUUUGUGUGCACUUUUUGGCAAUGCUUUUCAGUGUAAUGUAUGACUGUUAAAGUGCGUGUGUGUGUGUGUGUGUGAGAGAGUGUGUGGGUACUGGCAUGCUUGACACAUAUAUUCAUGUGGGUGCAGUAUGCUUAUGUUUUUCCACACUGACGGUGGAUCCUGAUCAUGUAAUAUAAAUAAUAUGAAGUGUUUCUGUUUGUCAUUGAUUGGCAUUUUUUUCUGUCUUGACAAGCAUUUCUCUGUAUUGUUGAACCCAGCUUGAAAACCUUUUUGUUUUGUGUGCUGCGAAUUUCAUUCUAACAAGGAAGAAAAAUGAUAAAUCAUGUAUUUAAUUGUCAUCUUUGUGGCCUUAGAUUUUUGGAUAUUGCUCUUACUGUAACUACAAAUUUAAAGGUACUAUAGGUAAGUUUUUGCUAUCGCUACAUAGCUGACAUUAGCAUUAACAGCUGUCUACUUACCAGUCUAGAAGAAAUGUUGUGAAUUCAGCAUCUGAUUACAUUCUUUUACUCACCAAGAGCUGUUCCAGUGAUGGAAAACAAUACCAAUGUUAACUCUUGUUUUGCUUCUUUUUCUAAACUUAUUUUCUUCUACUAAGGUUAGCAUGCUAACCAGCUAGUCCUAAGCAAUGAGUCACUGUAGCAUCUGCCUUCAGUCCAACUUGAGAGGAUGAAGUAGUAGCACUGCCCAGAGGAUGUAUUCUAACCUCUUGUCUUGUAAACACAACAAUGGCUGAAGCUCUCAGUAAAUAAACAACUGUUAAUGCUAACGGUGGCUAUGAGGUGAUAGCAAAAACUUAAAUAUUGCACCCUUAAAUCGGGGGGCCACUCAUUAAAUAAGCAAAAAUACUAAGAAUAGACUGGAAGCCUGCCCCAUCACUUUCAGAUUGUAAUAGUACUCAGUCAGUUUUGAUUACAUCUGCCUUUGACUAAUGUCUGGAACCAAAAGUUUAUUUUGACAUUUUGUAAAACCCACUGUAGUAUCAGGAAAUUAGCUGAAGUGUUUUGUAGUGAAUCUGCUUUUCCUGGUAUCAUAUGAUGGUUUCGACUUAAAGAUCACAACAGAGUGUUAUUACUCUCAUUCUUGUAAAGAGUAAAUUUAAUUUCUUCUUUUUAUUUAGAAUACAGAGGUGAUGUGAUAUUAUUUCAUAUUAUGGUCAGUUUUCUUGAUAAAGCAAUAAACUGUUUUUUUAUUGAUAUCAUAUUAAUGGUUAUUGAAGCAGUUUCAAUUACGUCUUUGAAUACUGCCUUGCUCAAGAGUUUUCUUUGGAAACCAAAGCAAUGCUGAGUAUAAAAAUGGAAAGGUUUGCCAAUAAGAUAGAUAAAUAUACACCAAGUAGAUUGACACCAGUUCAUACAGUUUGUUUAAAUGGGCUGGGUUGAUCCAAUCUGAGAUCUUUAUUUGUUCAUUUCACUACUAACUGUAAAUGCAUGUAUUCAUGAUUUUUAAAUGCAACAGCCGGGUUGAAUCAUUUGAAUCAGAAUUUAUGGCACUCUAAUGAGGUUUGAUGGUCGCAGGUGUAAGAGAAGAAGCCGGACAUGAAUCCCAGAUUUCUCUGAUGUGUGUAAAUUUCUACCAGAGCAGUGUGAAUUUGCCAUAACAGACCCCAUGUCUCAUCGUCAGCAGUACACAGUUAAGGUAUAGCAUUUUCAGUCUUUUCUGACAAGAUCAUUUCACUCCACAAAAGAAUUUCAAUUCUCAAAGCCUUCCUCAUACCUCUGUAAGACUACCACCAAGCUCUAAAUUAUUUGUACUGAUGUAUAUUUUCUAUGUGAUUUCUUAUAUCUGAAAACAUGCAUAUUAUGUGUGUUUAUUUGAUGUCUUAAAACAUCGGCUUGGGUGUAAUAUAUGUCAGCACUCCUAAAGACAAAUUGCAAACGCAGAGAAUUUGUGUGACGUUCUUGCAGCAGAUAAGGGUCUAAUUUAAAGUUUGAUCUUACUUCCAUUAGAUAAUACAAGAUUUGUAUUAAUUCACACAUCUCUGCAUGCAUUCUAUUAGGAGGUCAGGAUUCAGUGCCUUUUGUAUUUUAAUAUUGAAUACAGCAUCUAAUAAAAUGCUUUGCUUUCA